AUGACCCACUCGGAGCGCUUCCAAAACGCUGCGGUUCGCUCCAGGGUUCGAGCUAAUCGCUUUGGCCAGUCUUCGAUGGCUGAAACAAGUGAGUUAGUAGAAACUGAUAUAUUCCCAAAUGAAGCAAACUACCUCAUGAAGAUCUCCAUUGGUACUCCGCCUGUAGAGAGAUGGGCAACUGCUGACACAGGAAGCGACCUCAUUUGGUUCCAAUGCUCACCUUGUCCACAGUGCAACCCUCAAAAUGAACCGUUAUUUGAUCCCAAAAGUUCUUCCACUUACGUGACUCUGCCAUGCACCUCAAACCCUUGUGAAGUUCUGCCCCGAAACAAUGGGUAUCCUAUAUGCGGAACAUCAAAUGAGUGUACGUAUUAUUAUUCAUAUGGGGAUGAAUCAUACACUAUGGGAGAAUUGGCUAACGAGUCAAUUAGUUUUGGAGCAAGCGGUAGUGGGCAGCCUGUUUCAUUUCCUAAUACGGUGUUUGGAUGUGGACACAACAACAAUGCCACUGACGGAGAUUCUGACACAGGACUUGUUGGGUUUGGUCAAGGUGCUUUGUCUUUAGUUUCACAAAUGGCGGAAGUAGGUCGCAGAUUCUCGUACUGUUUUCCUCCUAUGAGUUAUCAGUCCACAACUAAACUAAGAUUCGGGGACGAAGCCACCAUAUCAGGAAAUGGGGUUGUGUCCACUCCUUUGAUCACCAGACAUGGUUCGCCUUAUUACUUCCUCAACCUCGAAGGUAUGACCGUCGGAGAUCAAAAAGUGUCGCUGACAAGUCAAAGAAAUGGGAACAUGUUCAUUGAUUCUGGGACGACAUUUACAAUGCUUCCAUCGAGCUUUUAUGACCAGGUUGAAGCUUCGGUGAGAAAAGCCAUUGGAGCUGGCGAAUUAAUAGAACGGAACAGUGACAAAGACUUGUGUUACAAAAAUGCCAACUCCAUCAAGAAUAUUCCUAAUUUUGUGGUUCAUUUUAAAGGAGCCGACCUUUCCUUAAAACCUCAGAAUUUUUUCCGUUUCAUAUCUGACAAUGUUAUGUGCUUUACGAUGAAUCCUACAAAGAGAUUACCCAUUUAUGGAAAUCUGGCUCAGAUUGAUUUUGAAGUUGAGCAUGACCUUGAUCAGAAAAAAAUUUCUUUUGCUCCUGCUGACUGUACUAAACAGUAG